AUGUUAUCUACGUUUUUCGUCUGAGGUCGAGACUGCGCUCCUCUUCUCAAGGCGCAUCAAGCCAUCUUAUUGAUACAUUACGCGCAUCGUAAAAAUUGCGGCAUGAAUGCCGACAAGUUGAACAAGCUUCAGGCGCAAGUUCGCAUUGGCGGCAAGGGCACAGCACGCCGAAAGAAAAAGGUGGUGCACAGGACUGCUACCACAGACGACAAAAAACUGCAGAGCUCUCUGAAGAAGCUCACUGUUAACAACAUCCCAGGCAUUGAAGAGGUGAACAUGAUCAAGGAAGAUGGCUCAGUCAUUCAUUUCAACAACCCUAAGGUGCAAGCUUCUUUGGCAGCAAACACAUUCGCAGUGACGGGGCAUGCUGAGACAAAACAGAUCACGGAAAUGUUGCCUGGUAUAUUGAACCAGCUGGGUGCCGAAAGCCUGACACACCUCAAGAGGCUUGCAAGUGUGCAAAGUGCAGUCGUUGGCCACUCUGAGCAGACAGGAGGGCCUGGUGGUGACGAAGAUGACGAUGAAGUUCCCGACCUCGUAGAAAACUUUGACGAGCUGUCGAAAACUGAAGGAGUUUAGUCGACAUUUUGGGGUAGGCCUUGACUGAAUGCAAAACAGCCUCUGUUCCUGGUCCACUUGGAUAUCAAGGGGUUAUUUCGAAGAGCCUAUGUUGUUGAAGGGGGGGGGUGAUAUUUAAGGGGCAGAUGCUCUGGGGUGACAUCGUAUUGCCUCUGCAGCCAACGUUGCAACAACUGUAUCUAUAUGUGUCUUCACAAUAAACGCCAGGGAAAGUGUG